AUGUGGAUAAGUGAUGUUUUAGCGGCUUUGGUGCAAAAAUCCCGAAAGAAGAAAGACCGAGCUUCCUCUUCAAACUGAUCAUAAUUGAGAGAAGCCACCCCAUCGUGUCAGAUUCACAUGGCAGCCGGCGACAGUCCUCGGCGCUCCACCUGAACUUUACUUGGAAGUUUUUUUUUUUCUUCCUUUGGUUCCUUCUUGCUGCAGAAGUUUUCUCACAGCCAGAUAUCUGCAAGGAUCUCGGGAAGUUGGCUCCGUUCCAAUUCAUUAAAGGUCCUUUGCCAGCUCACAUUGUUGACAUAGAAGAGUGUUUGUGUUGGCACGCAGUUUUUUCCACCCGUCCAUCCCUCUUGAGUUCGCCAUCACCAGCAUUUCCAAGGAUGAGGCGUUUGUCUCUGCACUGGCUGAGAGGCGUGUCCCUGCUGCUGCUCCUCCAGAUGACAACAUCCAUGGUGAUGCUUCCAAACUCCACCGGCUGGCAGCAGAUUUUGGACAAGUACCUGGAUGAGGACGGGGACUGGUGGGAGGCCAAGCAGAGGGGGAAGAGGGCCAUCACUGACAGUGACGCUCAGCUCAUCCUGGAUCUUCACAACAAGCUCAGAAGCCAGGUUUACCCUCCUGCUUCCAACAUGGAGUACAUGGUGUGGGACACAGAGUUGGAGCGUACAGCAGAGGAGUGGGCAGAGACCUGUCUGUGGGAGCACGGUCCGGCCAGCCUUCUACCACAGAUCGGACAGAAUCUGGGGGCACACUGGGGAAGGUAUCGUCCGCCCACGUUCCAUGUGCAGGCCUGGUAUGACGAAGUGAAAGACUACUCCUUCCCUUAUCCUCAGGAGUGUAAUCCCUACUGUCCCUUCAGAUGCUCUGGCCCGGUUUGCACACAUUACACACAGCUGGUUUGGGCCACCAGCAGUCGGAUCGGCUGUGCUGUCAAUGUCUGUUACAACAUGAAUGUGUGGGGACAGAUUUGGACGAAAGCUGUUUAUCUGGUCUGCAACUAUUCACCAAAGGGAAACUGGUGGGGCCAUGCACCCUACAAACAUGGGACCCCCUGUUCUGCCUGUCCUCCCAGCUAUGGAGGAGGAUGCAAGGACAACCUCUGCUACAAAGUUGAAGAUGACAGUUCUAACCGUCCGCAAGAGGAAACAGAAGAAAACAACUUCAUUGAGCCAGAGGCCCCCCGCACUACCAAGCCCCGGUCCCGGGCCUCCAAGCCUGAGCCUCCCAGUCCCCCCGCCCCAGCCCCCACCAAGCCCCCCACAGAGGACCUGCAGAAUGAGAAUGAGGUGGUCAACACACAGCAGAUGUCUCAGCUAGUGACCUGUGACACCAAGCUUCGGGAUCAGUGUAAAGGAACAACAUGCAAUAGAUAUGAGUGUCCAGCCGGAUGCCUAGAUGCUACAGGGAAAGUAGUUGGGACAGUGUACUUUGAAAUGCAAUCGAGUGUGUGCAGAGCCGGUCUACAUGCUGGUGUCAUAGAUAAUGAUGGAGGAUGGAUGGAUGUGACAAGACAAGGCAGAAAGGAGUUUUUCAUCAAAUCCAACAAGAAUGGAGUUCAGUCACUAGGAAAAUAUCAAAGUGCAAACUCCUUUACAGUUUCCAGAGUGGCAGUUAAAGCUAUCACAUGUGAGACCACAGUUGCACAGCUUUGUCCGUAUGAAAGGCCGUCCAAACAUUGUCCAAGGUUAUACUGCCCAAGAAACUGUUUAGAAGAGAAUCCUCGCAUAUCCCGAGUUAUCGGCACCAGAAUAUACUCUGAUAAGUCCAGUAUAUGUCGGGCAGCAGUCCACGCUGGAGUCAUCAGGAAUGACGUGGGCGGUUACAUCGAUGUGAUGCCGGUGGACAAGCGGAAACACUACAUUGCCUCGUACCAAAACGGCAUCUUCUCAGAGAGCCUCCAGAACCCUCCUGGAGGGAAGGCGUUCCGGGUGUUCGCUGUGAUUUGAGUAACCCCCGAGGGCGGCUUCGCCAAACAAAAAAGCGCACUUGGGGCUCUUGAAUAGGCGGUAAUCAAGCCAUGUUGUCAAACUCAAUGACUGAAAUGCUUCUGGCUUUUGCUACACUUCGCGGUUGAGAGGUCGUCACCAUGGCAACGUAAACCCAGCAACAAAAACUUGACAUGUUCACAAUGAGAACCUGUCUGUACUCACUCUCAUGGAAUUUUCAUUCUGUAAGCUUUAGCAGGAAAUGUUAGAAACUGUAAAUAUUGCUGAUUGUUUUGUUGUACAUAUUUAUUAAUAGUAUUACACCUGUUUUUUUUUCCCUUUGUGCCAUUUUUAUGCCUCUUUGUCAGCUAUCUGUGUAUGUAUAUUGAUUAUAGAAAUCGUAUGAUAUAUCAAUAUAAUGGCACUUAAGAAUGAGUAUCAUUUUUAUUAUAUUAAUGUGGCACAUUUUUAUUGGUGCUUUGGAGAGGUGUCUUGUCAUAUUUUGUACUUUUUUAAUGAUUGGGUAAAAUUGUUAUGCAUUUAUUUUAUAUGAUUAUGCUCCAUAUCAACCUGAUUUGUAAAGGAUGCUGCUAUAUGUUGUGUGUAUUGUUAUUGUCAGUACCAGUCUGGUGGGUUUGCUUGAUUUUUUCCAGAUAAUGUGGUUUUGUUAAAACUCCCUGCAGGUCGGGAAGUACACUCAUCCAUCAGAGUUGUCAUUUUCUAAACAAAACCAAUGUGCCUAUGUGAUGCCGCUUCUCCAAAGAUGUUGUCAGGUCACAUCCAAUCAUCUCACUUUGAAACAGAAACAAGACUAUGCAACAGUUUUAUUCAUCAAUCAUACUGGCUGUUCACGGUUUCACCAGCUUUCUUUCAAGCUACAAUCUUUACAACGGGCCGUUAGCUGUAAUAUUGUCUCUGUUUCUUCUUGCAUGACAUAGAUUUUCCUACCUCAGGUUGUUAGGAAAAGUUCAUUUUGCAAUAAAACAACAGAAUGACCACA